UUAGAGGCCCCGGUGGAGGCGCCUGUUGCCGGGCAACCUGCAGACGCUGGCCUGCUGUGUCGCCUCUCCAGGGACCUGCCCCUUCCAGCCAGUGCUGGAAUGGGUUCUGGGGAAAUCUCCCUAGUUUAUGCCUUUUCCAGCCCUCCUGGUCUGGACCUGGGCUUUACUGAACUUGUUAGGUCAAGUCAGGCUGGCUGUUCCCUGUGGCCCUAGCCUCUUCAUAAUUCCCAGAUGGAACUGGAUGAGGAAUUUCUUAUGGUACACUGCAGUACCAGGAUACUGCAUGAAAAAUACGGGAACUUGAAUGGAUUUGGAGGUAAAAGGAGUGGCUACUUCUCCUAGGAGCCAAUCUCAGUUACUCUUGAGAAGAAAGAAGCCACUACAACAAGGAUGGGUUUCCAGAUCAUGGGCAACUCCAAAUCCCUACCCACCUAUGGUCCCACCACUUGAUUUGGGAAGCCUUGUGAGCUCUGAUGAUGAGGAUGAUUUUUCAUAUGUUCCACUUAAUAUGGCGCAUAAUCAUUUUAACCGACCAAAGUCAUCUGCUCUUGGUUGGGUCUCACCAGGUCAAAUACCAUAUGCUCAGCAUUAUCUAAAUGAACUGGAACAGAACAUAAUACCUGAAAAUUUGCCAUCACCAACAGGCAAAUACAAGCUAAAAUAUCAACCAUAUCAAACUGAAAUGAAAGAGGGAUAUACACAAUAUAGUCAGAGAAGUUCAGAAAAGACAAAAUCAAAUAUCACACAUCAACAGCCUUCAAGAAACAAGAUUGAUGAAAAGGGUGAAGAAAACAGCUUGGAUGACCUCACAACUCUGGAUAGGAAAGCCCUCUUGCAGAGUGAAUAUGUGCACAACUCUCAACAUGUACAGCACAACGCAAGGAAAUCAGAUGCGGAAAUUGUGGCUGCAGAGAAGAAGAAACAGACCGUCACAGAGCAAAUGAUGAUCGACUACUUAUCUAGGGCUGUCAUCAGUGAUCCAGAGCAAAAUGUAACCACUGAGAAACAAGAAACUACUCAUCCUCUUCGACUUAGGAAAAGAACACUACAUGAAACAAAGAUAAGAACCCACUCUACAUUAACUGAAAAUGUGCUUUCUCAUAAAGUACAAUUUGAUGGUAGGAUCAUAUCGAGAAAUGGACGUGAGGCCUGCCGAGAACUGAUUGGGUUCUUUUUCACUCAUGACCAGUCUCUCACAAUGUAUGAGUAUCGGCAAUUUGGGAAAAACAGAACAAAUGUGCUUCCUUUUAUUCAAAAAAAUAUUUAUAGUCAUCAGAGUGGACGAAGAAAAGGAAAACCAUACCAACUUGGUGAUUUUUAUAUUGGUGCAACCUUGACAUUUUUGACCUCUGAUCACCCAAGCCUUCCAGAAAGCAUGAAAGAAAAUUCAAUACUUAGACUUCGAAUCACCAAUAUUGAUCAAAUAGCGUUGGAUUCUCUGAAAACUACUUCAGUGGAAUAUGAAAGUGAUAUAAUCAAUCAAGAAGCCAAUGAUAGGCUGGUCUUCAAGACCAUUCAAGAUGUGCUAAAAGAAAAACUACGUAAAAGAGGUGUUCGUAUUUUGACUGGAUUGGGAAAACACUUUCAACAAUUGGACAAGGAAGGAAAUGGGCUUUUAAAUAAGGAAGAUUUGAAGCAAGCUCUGAAAGUUUUUCAUUUAGAAGUGUCGGAGGAGGAUUUUGAGUCUUUGUGGCUGAUUCUGAGUGGCAGUGGUGAUGGCGAGGGCAAGGACAAGAACAAGGUAGAUUAUGGAGAAUUCAAACGUGCCAUUAUUGGUGAAAUGAAUGAAUACAGGAAAUCAUUUGUUCGAAAGGCUUUUAUGAAACUGGAUUUCAACAAAACUGGCACUGUGACUCUCACAGACAUAAGAAAAUGUUAUUGUGCCAAGGAGCAUCCUCAAGUAAUUUCAGGCCAUUCCACAGAGGAAGAAAUCAAAUCAUCUUUUCUAGAAACGUUAAAGACCAUCUGCAGCAAGUCUGAUGAAGUAUCAUAUGGUGAAUUUGAAGAUUACUACGAAGGUCUAAGCAUAGGGAUAGCAGAUGAUGCAGAUUUUGUUAACAUCUUACGUAUUCCAUGGGGAAUUUAGUUUUAAUAAUAUAUAGUGUCUUCAGCACUAAACAUUUUAUAGUAGAAAGGGAUUGAAUAUAAAAUAUGAUGAAACAGUAGAGUAUAUUUUUCUAGGAAUUCCUUUAUUUUUUCUAAAAAAAAUUGAGUCUGAAAAGAGAAAUAUUGAGAAAACAGGGUGUAGGUGAGUGUGUUAUGUGUUAGGUGCUGUGUACGUGCUCUCCUGUCUCAAGGUUUGUAAAGUAAGUCCUCAGUUUAUUGUCUAUCUUUGAGGUCAUUUUUUACGAGUCUCAAUAGAUUAACUGUAUGACAGCAUCUGUCCAGUGACCAAGCUUCCUGUCCUUUACAUACUUUUUCAAUCCUCUGCCAGCAUUCUCAAUUGUAGGAACUGGAAUUGUCUCUCAGUCUAUAGGAUUAAAACAGUUCAAUUUGUUUUGAACAUGGGAAAAUGUUAAAGGAUAUUCGAGAGAACUUUUCUAAGAAGUAUGUUAAUAGAUAUUUUCUGUAGCAUUCAUAUUUAGGUGAUUGAAGUUUAUCCCUACAGUGUGUGUUUAAACAGAUUUGUCUUGUAAAUUCUUGUCUUCUAAAUUAUGUACUGUUGUUUGUUCAAAAGAGCACAAUGUAAUUAUUCUGGUGACACAUUUGUUUUUUUUAAUCUGUUUUUUUUUAACUACCAUCCUUAUUACCUUCACAGAAUUAUUAUUUAGCUAGAAAUAAUACAUUACAGCAGAAAAAAUGUUCUCUUUGAUUAUUAAAGAUUUCAAGAGUCCACUAUUACCUACAUGGGUCUAAGGGAAAAUUUAGUAAUUCUCAUUCAAAAUGUCAUAGUGUAUUUUGUGUCACAAAUGAAUGUAUGGUAUUAUAAACAUUUCUUUAGUAAAUCAAAAGAUUAAAAAUAAAUAAAUAUUAUUUAAUAGCUA